GAACGGUAGAAGUAAACGGAUCGGAGUGGAUGUUUGAACCGCCCAUGAGGCUAGAAUGUUGUUUGUAAUUGGACUUCUACUCAUACCCCAUUUGGCUCAUACUGACAUUUUAACGAUCGACGCUUUUUUCCCCGAUGGAUCUAACUGGGAGGACAAAAGGAUAUUCGAUCUCGCCGUCGACGAAGUCAAAAAGGAUUUUGAGAACCUUUUUAAUGUGGAAUUUUUGCCGAGAAAGCAUAGCGUCAUUCAGUUUGACAGCUUCAACAUGACUAGAACAGUCUGCAGGUUAAUGGAAGAAGGAAUGGGCGUUUUGUUAGCUCCUCAGUCCUUCGAGACUGUGGAAAUAUUCCAAUCGAUGAGCAACCAAUUCCACAUUCCUGUAGUCAGCACGUACCCCGAAUAUGGCCAGAGCGAGUGGUUCGUCGCUUCAAUCAACCUUCAUCCGGAUUAUCAACUUUUAGCGAAGGGUUUAUUGGCCAUCAUUAAAGAUAUGGACUGGAAAAGUUUCGCGAUUGUAUAUGAAGAUCCUGAUUCCCUAAUAAGGCUCCAGGAGGUGUUGAAAGCCAGCAGAUUGGGCAAGACAGCAGAAGACAAUGUAAUUUUUACGGCUUGGAAGUUAGAAGGAGACGACUACAGACCGAUAUUCAAACAAAUGUUAUCGGAGACGAGAAUAAUUUUGGACUGUUCGGCCGACAAAAUUUUGAAAGCUCUCGCUGACGCCAAAGAAGUCGACAUGCUCGGAGAUUAUCACCGAUACGUCUUAACGUCACUGGAUGCGCAUACGGUUGAUUUUGGGGACUUCAAUAUUGGAAGGACGAACAUUACCACAAUCAGAUUAAUUGACACGUGGGAAUUUGACGUGCAAAAAACUGUUUUCGAUUUCAACGACGAGGUGAAUAAAUUAGGAGUGCGCAACGGCCACAUGUCACCGGAAGCCAUUAAGGUGGAGACCGCUCUAGUGCACGACGCGGUCAAAUACAUAGGGACGAGCUUCAAAGCGUAUCACAAAAAGCACCCCGGUCAAAUGAGACAUCAAAAGCUCUCCUGCAAAAACAGGAUGAAGUUGAAAUUCGGACAAACAUUCGGCCGGGUUAUGAAAUCGGUUCAAUCGACAGGUUUGACUGGAAAAGCCAAAUUCGAUGAGUUCGGAAGAAGGAUAUAUUUCACCCUGCAUAUCACGGAGCUUACGAAAAAUGGGUACAGAAAAAUCGGCUCCUGGGACCCCGAAAACGGAAUACUCUAUAACAGGACAAGGAGCGAGAUGGCCAGGGACAUUUACCAACACAUCAGCAACAAGACUUUUAUUGUCGUUUCACGCCUGGGCCCGCCUUACCUGUUCCCCAAGGAAAGCCUCGAGGGCAACGACAGGUUCCAAGGAUAUUCCAAGGACCUCAUAGACGAGAUUGCCAAGGAGUUGAACUUCAAAUACAAAUUCGUCCUCGCACCGGACGGCGAAUACGGAUCUUACAACAAAGAUACAAAGCAAUGGAACGGGCUUAUAAGAGAACUGCAAGAGAGGAGGGCUGAUCUAGCAAUUUGCGAUCUCACUAUUACUUAUGACAGGAGGAGCGUGGUCGAUUUUACCAUGCCAUUUAUGAGAUUAGGAAUUAGCAUAUUGUUCAGCAAGCCUGCCAAGCAACCGCCGACCCUUUUUUCCUUCUCCGAACCCUUAUCGUUUGACGUUUGGAUAUGCAUGGCGACAGCGUAUCUCGCAGUUUCUCUCCUUUUGUAUUUUCUUGCCAGGAUAACCCCUCAUGAAUGGAGGAACCCUCACCCUUGCAAGCUUUGCCCCACUGAGCUCGAGAACAAUUUAACCAUGCAGAAUGUAAUUUGGCAUAACUGCGGAUCUCUCAUGCAGCAAGGUUCGGACAUAAGUACCAGGGCUCUUUCGACUCGACUCGUGGCAAGCAUGUGGUGGUUUUUCGUGUUAAUCAUGAUUUCGUCAUAUACUGCGAACUUAACGGCUUUCCUAACUUACGUGAGAAUGGAAGGGACGAUCAAAUCCGUCUCGGACUUGGCGAGUAGCAGCAAGAUAAAGUACGGAGUCAUGGAAGGUGGUGCCAGCAUGAAUUUCUUCAAGAAUAGUAACGAUUCGCUUUAUAAACGCAUGUGGAACCAGAUGGAGUCGUCAAAGCCGACGGUUUUCGUCAAGAACAACGAAGAGGGCGUCGACAGGGUGCUGAGGAGCAAAAGGAAAUACGCAUUCUUCAUGGAGUCUACGACGAUCGAGUACCAAAUGGAAAAGCACUGCGAGCUGACGCAGGUCGGCGGGCUCCUGGAUUCGAAAGACUACGGAAUCGCCAUGCCGUUUAAUUCGCCGUACAGGAUUGCGAUAAGCGGCGCCGUCCUGAAGUUGCAAGAAUCGGGAAAACUGGCCAAGAUCAAAGAAAAGUGGUGGAAAGUCGGAAAAUGCAGGGACGACAUCGGCCACAAAUCUGACGAAUUGGGGAUGGACAACGUCGGAGGAAUCUUCCUCGUCUUGUUAGUCGGUUGUGCCUGCGCGUUCGUACAAGUAAUAAUUGAAUUUUUGUGGAACAUCAGGAAAGUUGCUGUUAGAGAAAAGCUUUCUUUGCACGAGGCGUUUUAUUUCGAAAUAAAAUUCGCCCUGAACUGCGGAGCCGUUUCAAAACCAGUACGUUUCACGGAAGAGGAGGACCGUUUUUCAGUCGGGGACGAGCGAAAUAUGUCUCGUUCCGUUUCUACUCGUACGGCUGUCAAUGAAUAAACAUUCUCUUUUCUA